AUGUACUAUCCCAAGAUGAAGGCUGAAACAGCACUUGCCAACAAACGGAGUUAUUCCGGAUCACACAAUAAUACUUCUUCGGUAGCUAAGAAUUUAUCACAUUCCCUAGUUUUUGUAUGGACAUUUCAUAUUUCCAACGCUAAGAACAUCACAUACAGUUUGAUUGCAGCUCCUUUUUCAGCAGAUCAAUCUCUCGCAGUAGUGAUUGAUAACACGACAUGGCCCCUGUAUGAAACAUAUGGUAUUCUUUAUCAAGGUAAAGCUCCCAUCGCAACAACAGGGUACUAUUAUGCAAUUUUAGAAAACGAUAAGCAGCCUAACGUUACAGAGGCAUUCCACCGUACACCUUCUCAGAAAGACACUGUCAAUGAAUUUUUUAAUCGUACUUCGGAAUACCACCAAGUCUUAUCAUUGCCGCAAAUGUUGCCUCCUCUGCCUUCUAUCAACCGAAUUGAUACAGAUCUCCAUAUCCAAGGGCAAAUACCUACUAUUCACAUUUGGGGCAACGCUUCUGCAGUCAAGUAUUUACACGAGAAACCACUCGAAGAUAUUAAUGUUAGAUUAAACUUUACGUACAUUGGGUUGCAUAAUGUACAAACGUUUGAAGAUGUCAAGGUAUCGCUAGCAGGCCGCAGCUCUCGCUAUUUACCCAAGUUGUCAUACGGUUUAAAACUUAAAAAGAAAAACGAAAAUAACCUUUUCGGGUUCAAGAAUUUCAAGUUGCGUGCUCUGGGUCUGGAUCCUUCAUAUAUUCGCGAAUAUAUAACAUAUUCAGUGAUAAAAUCAGUUGGAUUACCGGCCUCAGGAUUUUCUUAUGUGCGCCUUUUCAUUAAUAACAAACCUGUUGGAUUCUAUGGUUUAAUCGAAACGUUUCAGGAUCCCUGGUUAGCUAAUGAAUUUGCUCAUGGGGACAAGGAUUAUCAAUCUGGUUUUCUAUACCAAGGUAUAACUAUAAAAAAAAACCAAACUAUACCGGUAUUAUCCGAUCUUAGUUAUAGCAGCAACAUAUCGCAUUAUAGUGCCGGUGAAUACAAGAUCAAAGCAGGUCCAGAGAAAAAUUCUGACGCCGAUUAUACUGAUUUGCAAAAAUUCACCAAAUUUGUUUUUGAGGCUAACAGCAGCGCUGACAGCAGCCAAUGGAAUAAACAUAUCGACUGCGAUGGUUUCAUUCGUUCCAUGGUACUGGAAAACCUCUUGGGAUUCUCUGAUGCGUACAUGACGCUAGCGGAUAAUUAUUAUCUUUACAGCAAUCCCAAGUCAGAUGGACGGAUGAUUUUUAUAUCAUCCGACUUGGACACUUCACUCGGUAUAUCUUUGUUUAAUAUGACUAUGAUGAUUAGUGGAAACUAUACUGAACAUCCCGGGUUCACAUUUCAACCCUUGACUAAGAAGUUCUUUUCGCAUGAAGCCUUUUCUACGUCUUAUCAGCGAAUGUUAAUGAAUUUGACGCAAAGUUUGAUUAAUCCAACGAUUAUGAAUCCAUUUAUUGAUAGUAUUGUAGAAAUGAUCCGAUCAGAUGUUGAAUGGGAUGAUAAAUUGGAAAGAAUUGGUGAAUCUAAUAUCCCUCCGGUUGGUGGUGGUCAAAAUUCUUCUAACGGGGAUGGUUUAGGACUGGAUAUGUUCCCUCCUGGGCUAAGAUCUGAUUGGAGUGAUGUCCCACAAACGUUUGAUUCAGCAAUCAAUGGUCCAACUAACUCUUCGACUAGGGAAAGCGUAAAAGGUUUCAUCUUAAGAAAAAGUUCGGCCAUUCUGGACUUUUAUGGGAAUAACUCCUUUAAUAAAUAA